AUUGUAUUGAAACUAAACGGUUGUGAAAUUACAAAAUGAGUAUUUAUAACGAAGACGAACUAGUGCCACCUUCUUGGAUAAAUGAAGAAUUUAUACAAAAAGUUUUGAAUCAAUACGAAAAAACACAACAUGUAAAGCUUACUAAUUUAGAUCUAAGCCCCGCCACUCUAAAGGGUGAUCAUUAUGGCAGUAUUAUGUUUAGAUGUAAAGUGUCUUAUGGACUUGACAAAUCUCCAGAAAUAAAGAAACGAUCUUUUAUAAUUAAAAACAUGCCGGAGGAAGAGUGUUCAAAGCGUGAUUUGUUGGGCGAUUCAGGUGUAUUUGAAACAGAAAUUUCUAUGUACAGCGAAACUCUGCCAAAAAUUGAGAAAUAUUUUGCUGAAAUUAGACAACCAACUAAAAUGGGAGCGCAACUCAUUUAUCAUGCUUUGGAACCCCACAAAGUUGUUAUCAUGGAGGAUCUUUGCGAGGCCGGCUAUGACACCAUACGUGGCCGUUAUUUAACAGAAGAUGAAAUGAAAAUGGUCUAUUUAAAAAUAGCCAAAUUUCAUGCUGCUACUUAUUUGAUGGGCCAAAGUGAAGAACCUGAAAUUGUAACAAAAUACAAUGCAGGAUUUUUCUGUAAUUCAACCAUUACUAACUUGGAUUUUGUGCGUAAUGGUAUAUGGAAUUUUAUAGAAAUGCUAUCGGCACAUGAAGAAUUUGCUGGGUAUUUGGAAAAGGUAAAAUUAAUGCAACCCCAUAUGAUGAAAGGUUGUAUGGAUCUUUAUAAUGCCCACAAAUUGAACAAGGGCCAGGGCGAUAUUUUCGUUUUAAAUCAUGGUGAUUUUCAUAUGAAAAAUUUAAUGUUUAAAUUCAAUGAGGAAACUGGCAAAAUGGAAGAUGUUAUUUUUGUGGAUUUCCAAAUGAAUUGUUAUGCACCCUCAAGUGUUGAUACCAUCUAUUCCCAAUUUACCAUGAUGAGUCCGGACUUACGUUUAAAGAGAAACGAAUUUAUGCAGUAUUAUUUUACGGAAUUUUUAGGAGUUUUAAAGAAUUUAAACUUUGAAGGAGAAUUGCCACGUUAUUCAGACUUUCAAAUUGCUGGUUAUAGAUAUAAAUAUUUUGCUUUAUUUUUAAUGUCCACAUUUGUACCCAUGUUUGGCGCCAUGAUGACUGCAAAAAUUGAGGAUUUGAAAGACUUUGACAGCUCUACGUUUCUGGAAGAUGUUGAUAUGAUGGCCUUAAGUUAUAAAGCUCCCAGUUUUAUAGAUGAUAUGAGAAACUUUUUGCCAAUAAUGUUAAGAGACGGUUACUUAGAUUAGUUGAAAAUGUAAAAAUCGGAUACAGUUGAGAUUCAUUCUAAAUAAAUUCAUUACAAAAUUAUA